GGUGAAAGAUACUGUCAGAGAUACUAAAGACCUUUUGGUGAAGGUGUUAGAUGGAGAUAAUGAAGCUGCCAGUCUGCUUGCUGAAGCUGUCCACGCUACAAUUGAGGUGGAGAUAGAUCCACAGAUCAAACAGUUAGAACAGGAUGUACCCCUUGAUCAAGUUGGUGUGUGGAUUGAUCCUAUUGAUGGUACCUACCAGUACAUCAAAUGCUUUGAUGGAGUCCUAGAAGAGAAUGGUGUGUACACCAAAGGUUCUCAGUGUGUCACUGUUCUCAUAGGUGCCUACAAUAAAACAACAGGCAGACCUUUCCUUGGCGUUGUCAAUCAGCCAUUUUACCAGGAGAAUUAUGAUACUAAACAAUGGAGUGGUAAAUGUCACUGGGGAGUGUCGUAUCAGGGUUUAAACCUAUCCUCCUUGAAGAAACUGACCUCAGACCAAAUAAAACACUCAGUAGUAUUAAGCACUAGUGAAUCUGAUGAAAUCAAAUCAAAACUCUCCGAUAACUAUCAUGUUUGUUAUUCGGCUGGAGCAGGGUAUAAGAUUCUGAUUGCAGCACAAGGAUUAGUGGACGCGUAUUAUAACUCUAUGAUGACUAUUUAUAAAUGGGACACAUGUGGCCCGCAUGCAUUACUCCUUUCCUUAGGUGGAGGUAUGAUAGAUGGCACUAAACUCCUGGAAUAUGUUAAACUGAACAACAUUGAUGUUGUGAGAAUUGAUAAAGAUUUAGUAGAUCAGUUUGAGAUCAAAUAUGACAAGCCUGAUUGUAAUCAUCAAGAUCGAGAAGAAGAUCGUUUGUGGUCUAAUACUGGUGGGAUUGUCACCUAUAACUCUAUAGAGACAUUGAGAGAUAUAGUAUCUACCCUCAAGAAGUAAUGCCAUUUAAGAGUAAUAUCAAGAAAAAAUAUUCUGAAAAUAAUGUAUUUUUGUAACCAUGGUUAUCAUGAUGUCAUACUACUUAGAGAACAAUUGGCUUAUGAAUUUAGACAAUUAAAAAAUUUGGAGAAAUAUACCCUCUGUGUAUGCUUUAAGCUAUAGUAGAAUAAUCUAAGCAAUUAUACAAGCAAUCUGAUUUGUCAGAGCAUCUUUAAAAUAGUUUAAGUUAUUGUGUAAUAUUUACUUUUAUCAAUAGUCGGUAUGAUUUAAACUAAAAAAGGUAAAACAUACCAAUACAAAAGUUGGCCAGUGUUGUAGUCAUGUAGUGGAAGGUCAAAAAUUGUCCAUAUUAUUGUGCAAUGCUAAAUGCAAUAUGUAAUGCAAAGUGCAAGUUGUGAUAUAUUUAAUGUCUUACAUUUAUUCAUUAUAUAUUUUUAUGAUAAAGCUGUUUAUUUUUAAUAUUGUGAGGUUAUAACUGUUAGGCUUUUACAAAUAAAUGUUUGUUUAGCAGUGCAUAUACCAGGCCAUUCCAAAACCGUUGUUGACAUUGUUGAACCCUCUUCUCAACUUCUUCGUAUUUUUUAUUUUUAUUUUGACAUAUCUCUACCAUUUGCAAUUAAAAUGAUAAUAUAAGCCAGGUCAGUUGUCCCAUUUUUGAUUUAUUUUUUUAUUGAAAAAUAUUUUUUCUCUAAAUUAAAAUCAUUUCUUCAGAAAAAUCCUGUUAAACGAACAUUUACCCUGUAGGGGCCUUAUUGUUGUAGUUAUGUUCCAGUCUAUGAGGUUACAAGAGUGAAGUAAUGCAUGUUUUAUUAUAUACAGGGUUGACAUGUCAUGUAGGAUUUCAAAUAUUCUAGUUAUUGUAUAUCUUUCUUC